AUGACCAACACAAUCACCGACGCGGCUUCGUCGGCGUACGAGUCCAUCAGCGGCUCGGCCCAACGCGUACUGCCCGUAGCUUCCACGCUAAUCUCUGAAGCGACAGGAUUAGCCGCACUCACCGAGGACUACUCGGCCUCUCCUUUCCCACCUGCACAACCAUCAUCCUCUUGCGCCUCAUCCUCGAAAGAGGUCACUACGUCCACGAAUUCCGACCAAUCCUCGCUCCCAGCGCGAUACGACUUGACCGAAGAGCAAGAACGAGGACCGUCUCAACCCGAUCGCACGUCUCAACCACAAACGUCGAUCGGUACCGAAUCUGGCAUCCCCACAACCGGUGGAGCUGCCACCACUGUUUCCCCCGAUGACGACGUAAAGGCUGCGAUUAGCAACGAGAAGCGUGCUUCCAACGCAGCAGUAGGCGUCGACUAUUCCGAUCAGCCUUGUCCUACUGCCGAUGCUCGCAGGCCAAACCCGUCAAGCGAGCCGGCAGAGGGUAAGACACAGUUCAGUAGCAGCGACGAGCAGAUGAAGGGUUCGAGCGAUCACAGCAGUAGCGCAACUAGCGGUGGUGGUGACAGUGCCAACAGGUGCGAUUCGACAAAGGCUACGUCGUCGGCGACAGGCUCGGAUGAACAGCGUUCCACAGCUGGCUCGUCCAAGUCAAGUCUUACAAACAAGCUAAGGGGUUCAGCUAAGGUGGUGGCCGGUAAGAUCACCAGGGACCAAGAGAAAGUCGAACAGGGAAAGAUGCUCAAAGCUGGAGGAGCUCAAGACGCGUAG